UGGGAUGCACAGGCCUGCUGGCUUUGACAUUCAAGAUUUGAUUCUAAGCAUAGAUAAUGAGUUUUUUUCUCACGUAUUAAUGGAAUUCAGUGCCUUUUCUUUCUAAUGUCAAACAGGCGGAAGUGUUCAUGGAUGCAUCCGUGGAGGCUGUGAGGAAAUCAGUCGAACUGCUGAAGGCAAAAUUGCAGGCUGCAGACGUCAUGGAUGAUGGUGACCGUGAAGGGAACCGAUUGGGGAAGGGUCCUAAUGCCAUGGAGGAGGACUGGUCAUCAGGUGGCACAGGCAGUGGUACUACACCAGGCCUGCCAUCAUCACUCCUGGAACUCAUGGCUAGUCACACAGAAGCAUCAGUCCAUGCCCUUCAUCUCAUGUGUCAGUCCCAAGCGUUUAGAGACCGAGUGCUGCAACACAAGGAAUUAUGUGAAAAUGGUGGGGUCAUGCGACUUGCCUACUCUGUCUUGUCUCUGGCACCACCUGGAACAUCGAUCUACACAAAAUCGUUGACCUACACAAUUUCUCGAAUGAAGGCCAGAAUCUUGGAGAUGGUAUGGAUGCUGAGUAUGGCAGAAUCUGCUUCGUUUCUUGAUAAAGCUAUGGAGAACUUGCGCAGCAGGCAAGUCGCAACAGAAGUUGCUGAUCAGGUGUUGAUACACUUGAGAGCAGUGUUGUUGGACGAGCUUGAGAUAAAGGAUGGCGAAUUUCCUCCGGGUGGGCAGCUGUACCUGAACACACUGAGGGUUGCGGAUGUUCUAUCAGACGACACCAAUUUCCGCCGUUACAUCAUGAGAAGAGUGAGGGCUGGCCCGCUGGCAACGGCAGACAUUGUGUGAUUGCAUAACCAUCUGUGCCUGGCUGCUGACUUCACUGUGCAGACUGCAGACUGACUGACCCCAAACUACCGUAUUCACCCAAAUAGAACGCCCAGUCAUUAUAGUGCAAGGAACAUGAAUAUGGACGAAGCACAGAAAUCCAGAUUGCAAAAUCACACUGAAGUCCAAGUAGUCAAAGCAAGAGCAGAUAGCACAAUGGAACCGAGUAACCAUCCAUUUGAGAAUGAUACAGAAGAAUCAACAGCAUAACCCAAUGUAGCUCUCUCUCUUGAAUGGCACCAGGCGCCCUACCUACUCUACAGCCUAAGCCUACAACUACAGAAUGAAAGCAACCAGACAAC